AUGGGAUCCGUGUGUUCCAACAACAUCAUCUGCCAACUUCCAGAAUGUGCCAGUAGAUCAACUGCCCAAAAUAAAAGACCAAAAUCGCUUUCUGACCGUGCUUCUCCAGCUCUGUAAAGACUUGAAGGAAUGCUAUACCACAAAGAAACUCCUUUACUGGUCAAUAUGGUGGGCAUUAGCCACUGCAGGAUUUAACCAGGUUUUGAAUUACGUCCAAGUACUGUGGGAUGCUAAAGCACCUUCCCAUAGCUCUCAAGUGUACAAUGGAGCUGUUGAAGCCAUAGCAACAUUCCUGAGUAAGUAUCCCUCUUAAAAUAUAUCCUGUAUGCAAACAACAAUGUAAAUGCACUUAAUUCCCCCAUUCCCACGCAGCAUAGGAAGGUGAACAAGAUAACCAGGUAUGAGAAAUCAUAAAACAUUUUCCAGAAUCCCACACGCCAUCUAGGUGUGGUAUGCAUAAUGUUUUGGGGCACGCAAGUGGCUCCAUUUAUUUCAGUGGAGGUAAUUUUCACAUGCAGCAGUGAAAAUGAACAGAUAUCUGGGGAGGGGAGCUCUUUGUGUACAUCAGAGAUUCCAUAGUCAUAAGAAAUAGAUAAAUUGGAGGGAACAAAUUAUUUCUGCAGUGAGUUUGGUCCACAGCUCACAACUUGUGCCUAUCUAGAAAUGUGAUGAAGUGUCUGAUCACAUAGAUUUGUUUAUUUAGGUACUGCUAUUGUAUUUGCUUCCUGUACAAAUAUGCAAAUAGAUGACUUGCGGCUUAUACAGCGGUUAUGCUCUGGAAAUACCGUAUUGGCCUGAAAAUAAGCCGCACUCCCCCCCCCAAUUCCGAUUGUGAAAAGUUAAAGUGCGGCUUAUAUUCACGACCUUAUACAGCCGGCAAAGCGGUGCAGCCCCCCCCCCCCCAACCGAGAGCGUGGGGCAAUGGUGCCCAUCUUGUCCGCGGCUGCCAAGCCUCCAAAUUUUAAAGGUACGACUUAUUUUCGGGCCAAAAUUAUGUAUAGUCAAAACAACCCUUUGUAAACUAUAACCUUACUGCACUCUCCCAAGGUCACUACAGACUCUCCUUGCACCUGAGCGCUGUCCCGCAUGAGUGCAAUGGGGUGGAAUUGUCAAUGUUUUCCCCCCACUCUUCCGUCCACUUCCAACGUUUUUCCUGCUCUAGUUUGUCCCAUAAUCUUUAGGACUUGUUGCAGAACAAUGUAAGCUACUCUUCUGUAAUUGUUUAUUAAAUCUUAUUCAGUUGAAGUAUUUUCGUUCCCCUUUAAGAGAAAUGCUUUAGGCAUCUUACAGUAUUAUUUUGUAUCUACAUUUUGAGGGAAAUAGGUUAUUUUAAAACCAUUUUAGCAAGACCUGAGAACCUGCAGAACAGGGGUGGCUAACCUGUUACUCUGGAAAUGCUGAUGGAUGCCAGUUCCAGCCAUCCCUGAUCAUUGGCCAUCUAGAAAGCCAAAUGUUAGCCACCCUUGCUGCAAGUGCAUAGUAGUCUAAAACUUAUCUCUUUAUCCAGGUUCAGUAACAUCACUGGCUGUGGGAUAUGUGAAAAUGAACUGGGACCUUACAGGGGAGAUGGCGCUGGGAAUCUUCUCUGCCCUGGAUGCAGGUUCCCUGCUUCUGAUGCAUUUUACCAGCAACAUCUGGGUUUGCUAUGCUAGCUAUCUAGUUUUCAAGGCAUGUUAUAUGCUCCUUAUAACCAUAGCAACGUAAGUAUAUAUAGGUAUAGUAUAUUAGGCCAAUUUGUUAUUGUUUGGGCCCUUUAUUACAGGAAGGUUAAAGUCAGUGAAAGUAAGAAACAUUGGGGAAACGGAAAAUGGGGGGAGAGGUUCAGGAACAUACCCUGUGAGACAUAAAAACUAUUGAGAGGGAAGGGCAGAACUCUCUCUUCAAAUAUCAGAAUGGCUGUCAUAUAGAAGAGGACUAAGACCAGUUCUCUGCUGCAACAGUUUAAGUGUAAGUGUAAGAGCCGUUUGACAAUUGCUAUUCCAGCCACACAUCAGUGUUGCCAAAUAUACACCCGCAUACCAUAGGCCUGUAGUUGAUACAGUUCAAACCUGCUGUGAAUAAAAUAAACAGAGCUCGUGUUCAGACUAGUACUUAUGCACAGGUUUAAGGCAAACAUGGGAUGUGAUCUCUUAUCAUAAUAAUUAAACUUUUGCAGGCCUCUUCUUGCUCCUUUGGUACUUCCCACAUUUCCUGAAAUCCUAUGGUAAUCAUAGAGUUGGAAGGGACCCACAGGGUCAUCUAGUCCAACCCCCUGAAAUAAGCUAUGUGCAUGGCUGAGGUUUCCUCAUCCUGAUUGUCUGCAUCCAUUUCACACAAGUGUGUGCACAUUUUGCCAGGUCUGAAAAAACAAGUCAUCUACACUUAGAUAUCAUGGUGAUAUCAACAUUCUAAAAUAAGCUCAAUUUUAGUUUUCAGAUUGCCAUCAGUCUCAGCAUGGAACGCUAUGCCUUAAUGUUUGGAUUCAACAACUUUGUUGCACUGCUAAUUCAAACUAUUGUGACUGUCACAGUGGUGGAUUCCAAAGGACUGGGACUGGAUAUUGGGACUCAGGUAAGUUGUAAUGUUAAUGCUGUAUUGUGGGCACUAUUGCUAAUUCAGUAAUAUUUGCAAGAGGCGGCACUCAAAUCAAGAGGCUUUUUGUUUUGUUUAUAAACGUCUGUUUAUAGAUAUGUAAGCACAUGUUAUUUAUAUAAUGUAUUUCUACCACAUCCUUUAGGACAGGUAUAUGGGACCUUUUUGUCUUCGCAGGUUGGAUCCUUUUCAAGAUCUACUUUGUAAGCCAAAUUUGACAGGUAGGCGGGGUUGCCUACCUAUCAACUGUAUAAUUCAAUAAAUGAUGUGAUGUGAUUUGGUGCUUUGAAUACCAUAGGAUUCCACAGGAGUGUCAAUUUCUAGUUUGGAUUCCUUAGCAUCAUCAUCAUUAUUAAUAUACUACUCUUCAUCCGAAGAUCACAGAGUGAUUUACAGUAUAAAUCAUCUAAACUUUAAUAGUUAGGUUACAAUCAUUUUUCUCUGUAAGCCCCAAUAAAUACAGCAAAACUUUCUUGAUAAUGCAUAGGAUUGCACUAUUAGUGAAAUAUACAAAACAUAUUUGGGAAUUUUACAAGUUAGCCAGGAGUAACUCUCCACAAUUCACCAGAAUUUUAACAUUAAUUGCCAAAUUUUCACAUCUCCUUGCUUGCAGUCUUUGGCUCAUUUGUUAAUACUGACUUUUUAGUCUUAUUCAAAGUUGCUCAACCACUCACUGAAACAAGUGCCCCACCCAAACAAGUAACUGCUAACAAGCACUUUUUUCUGUGGUCCAUGAAUUUCGAGAAUUGACUGUGCAGGUUAUGAAGUUCAGAUCAGCCCAGAAUUUACACUCAGGGUGGAAUGAGCAUGCUUGAUGUCUGGCCUAGAUUAACAUUCUACCACCCCACCACCCAGAUCUCCAAGGAAUAAUCCGUCUAAACUGGCAAAAGCAUAUUUAAAAAAAAUAUUCUUGUUCAUUAUCUCACCGCACACAGCAAUUCCAGUGUGUUGCCUUCACAUCAGUGUGCAUACACACAAUACUGGCUGUCCUCCAAUUCCCCAGUGACUUGAUAUUCUGUAUCCCUGGCUGGGUUGGCAUCAGCACCUGGUACCCUUGGGCAGCUGCCAGGACUUGCUGCCAAUGUCUGCACUAGGCCUUGUUUAAUUUUCUUUCUGGACCAGCACACCAAACAGUGGCAGGUGGCUGGAUCUUGUCACCAUUUUAAUUUCCCCCAAUGCCCUCAAACUAGCAUCACUCUGACAAAUUGUGGGAUUUGCCUUGAAGUAACUGACAGCAAAGCAGAGGUGAAUUUUGUUCAUCAGUAUUUAGCAUUUGGAUGGCUUUCAAAAAGAUAAGAGAUAGGUUCGUGGAGGAUGUCCUACCUCCUCUGACAGAAGCAGAAUGUCUCUGAAUACCAGUUGCUGGAAACUGCAGGAGGGGACAAUACUACUGUGCUCAGGUCCCUGUGUGUUUCCCAUAAGCAUCUGCUGUUGCAACAUACGGUCACUUGAUAUGCAUUUUCACAAUUAUGGUGUAGCGACAAAGAGAUGGAUCAUUAGUCAUCUUCCAGUUCUGAGGAAGUACAUUCAUGAUAGAACUGGAUGGAGAGGAAUCAACUUCCCUAAUACUGGGGUGAAGUUGAGGACACGACAUGCUUAUUUGCCUACUUCAGCAAAAUAUAAUACUUUUUAAAAAUGCAUUACACUCUUUUCAUACUGUAUCAGUGGAUUUUAAGUUUCAGUCUUCAAAAUAUAGAUUUCAGUGCUUUGGCUUUCAUAUAAUUGCAAGUCAUUUUUUUGACUAUAGACUUUAUAUUAUGGUAUUUAAGUUUCUUGUGAUGGGAGUAAGAGAAGAUAUAUAGGAGACUGUGUGAUCUUAUGCAUCAAAAUUAAGUCCUACCAAGUGGAUUGGGCCUUAUUUCCAGGUAAGUAUGCAUAGGACAGCGACCCAAGGCUAAAGCUGUGCUGGAGCCAAGGAACUUAGGAACAUAGCAGUGCUUAGUAAACAGUAGGUAUUUUAAAAAUGGUUGCAAAAGCUCUACGAUUGAAGCUAAGUUUUUUCAAAAAGCUGUUUGACAGAUGUAUUUUUUCACUCUGCUUUCUUGCAGUUCCUAAUAUAUGGCAGUUACUUUGCAGUGAUAGCUGUGAUUUUCCUAAUCAGGAGUAUUUUUACAAUAACAUCACUCAAAUGCCAAAAGGAGUCAAAGAACCUGGUUGAAAAUCUUCAGAAGACUGAGGCAGAAGAGCAGAAUGACACAAGACUGUGACUUUAGCACCUUCAGCAAAAAACUACCUGAGAAUAAAGCUCAUUUUUGGGUUUGUUCAUCCACACAAUGUUAAUCAAGGAGGAGGAAGAAAUGGAAGCAAACAUGUUUGGUGCACCAUUGCAUUCCUAGUCAUUUGUGAGCCAGAGAGCAACUGCCUGGAGCAUCUUUCAAUUCCAAAUCAUUUUGCCAGGUCAUGGCUGUUUAUUUUUUUAUCAAUUGCAUUUUUCAAUUUCAAAAACAAAAAUAGAAUUUUGAAUUUUGUUGGUCUGAAUCUUCAGAAGUUAGGUUUAUCAUGUUUACACAACUUAUCGGACUAAAAUUUCCAGUUUUGAUCCUUGUUUAGCAUUCCUUAGUAUGAUAAGUUCACAUUCACCAAACGAAAGGUAAAUUAUGGCUUGUAAGUCACUUGUUGCAUGAGGUAAGUCACAUGGUAAACAUUGGACUGGCACUGAACAUACUGCACAAGUGGGCAAGGUUUCUGGACUAUAAUCAGGGCCCUUUGGUGCUACACAUUUGUAGCUCUGCCUCCCUCUUGAAACUUGCAGCCUUUUGAAAUCAGGUGAAAACAUUGUUUUAAAAGACUCGUGGGCCCUCUCUGAUUUUCUGCUGUUUUGUGUACUUGCUGGAACUGCUUUGUUAAGCAGCAUAUAUUUCAAUGUUAUUUUCCAUAGUUUUAUUGUGAUUUGUAUAAAAUUUGUAUGGAUAUUAGUCAUCUUGCAGACUCAUUAGCUGAAAAAGCAGGAAAGGAAUGGAGUAAAUAAAUAGUGUGAAUAUUAAGUAUUUGCGAGAACAUACCCUUUCAUUGUUUAAAUUAUCUAUUGUAAAUUAUCUGUGCCUAUCAUGUUUUUUUAUAGCUGAGUCAAACUUGCAUCCAAUCCUGGAGUGGCCUUAA